AUGGGCGCGGGACUCACGGCGCUCGCCGCCACGCAGCUGCUCCCGGGCGCCACCGUGCACGCUAGCGAGCGCCCCUCGUUCUCUCACGGCGUGUUGCACGUCCCUCCCGCGGCGGCCCUCGCGACAUCAGCGGGCGUCGCCGCCACGCGCCUCGAGUCUAAUAUUCCCGCCGCAAUAUCUUCUUCAGCUUCCUCCGCCGCCGUUUCGGCGUCGUGGUGGUGGCAGAAGGCGACUGCGGACGGCCAGUCGCAGACGGCGUCGCAGAUGCCGUCGCAGGUGGCGUCGCAGGGAACGCAGGGAAGAGAGGAGCGUGGGCGGGAGGGUGGAAAGAUGGAAACUAGGGAAGAGGGCGGCCAAUAUGAUGGGUGGACGAUAGUGGGGGGGUUGGGCGGGAUGAGAGCGGACUGGAGAGGAGGGGCGGAGGGGACGGAGAGAGAGGUGUGGAGGCAAAAGCGAGAGGAGGCAGGAGGUGGGUGGGAGCUGGUGGCAGGGGGGGGGACAGGAAGAGGUGUAGCGCGAGAGGCUGAAAGAGGAAUGGAGAGAGGGAAGGACGGAGGGCUGGCAGAGGGGCGCGCAGGUGAGGCGGGGGCAGCUGUGCGCGCGCAGGGGGAGCGCACUGCGUGCGUGGCAGUGACUGGUGCGAGUGGACAGAGCAGGGAGAGCAACGAGGGCAGAGAGCGAGGGGAGAGCAGGGAGCGGUGGGAGCAGUGGGAGCGUGGAGAGUGCAGCGAGAGGGUGCAGCAGCAGAGCAUGUGGCGCAGUGGAGGGCGGCGGUCCAUGGAUGAAACACACGUGCUUCAGUCCGCUGAUCAGCAGAACCACGCUUGGCAACCGCCUACUCGUCACCAGAGUCACCCCUCUAGUCACUCCCCUGGUCACCCCUCUGGUUAUCCACUGCACCACACAUCCUCCUCCUCACUCGCUCCCUCCGCACACAUUCCCUUCCCGCCCUGCUCUCCCGGCUCGUCCCCUUCCCCAUCGCCCAGCUCCACCUCCUCAUCCCUUGCCUCCUCCUCCGCUGCGUCUGCCUCGCCCUGCUCCCCGCUGCGCCCCAUGGCUCCUCCCCGCCGCACUAAACGCACUGAUGAGCGCAGUCAGUGCACCACCACACGCAGUGCACAUAACAUGACAUGUGCACAGGAGAUCACAGAGGAGAGCGCACAGGAGACCGCACCGACAGGGGACAGCAUGAUGGGUAGUCAAUGCAAUGCGCUUCUCACACAACCCAGGGAUAUCCUUCCCAGAGCACCUCCCGUAACAUGCUUCUCCUCCCGUGCCACACACGCCGUCACCUCCUCCUUUUCUGCAAGGCCUGUGGGAAGCAGCAGCGCCUUGGGUGCUCCGCUCGCCCCGGCUCCACCUGCAAGUUCCCCACUUGAUUGCGCACAGCCUGCUUCAGGUGGUGCAGCAGGUGCGUCUGCAGCGGGUGUGGGGCUCUGGAACGAGCAGCAGCAGCAGCUUGAACAGAAGGAUAUGGAUAAUCUCACCCAUCUUCUGUCUUCACCCACAGAAGCAGCGGCAGUGGCGGAGGCGCUGUGCCACUCGCAGUCGCGGGCGAGGGAGGCAGAGCAGGCAGCAGCAGAGGCGGAGAGCAGGCAGCAGUGGCUGGAGCAGCUGUUCUGGCAUGAGUGCACGCGCUCAUACUCCUUCCACCAGUGGGCGCACAUGCUGCAGCUGCAGGUGAACCCUGCUGUGCCCGUGCUCUGGGACGGAUGCAUUUGA